AUGUUGGUGCUUGCCUUGCGAUGCGAACGCAGUUCUGCUGCACGGCAAACGCAUACAGACAUUAGCUGCGAUUGUUCAGUUUUCGUCCAAACAUUUUGGAUGGAGGCUGUUUCUGCAAAGGCAUCCUUAUCUCAUCCUGUUCGCGCAGACAAAGCAGUGUUCGACAUUUUGAGUGCUUGCAUACCGUCUGAGCAUGAACUUUUCACUGGGCACAUGGGAACGAUGUUUGCAACGUUGCCAUGCCGGCCAAUGUAUAAUAUGGGUCUGGAAUGCUUGUUGUCAGCUGGACGUUCACUUCCGCCCACCAUGACCCACUUCACAGUCGAAUGUACUGUUUUAGGAAGUGCGCCACAUUGCGCUCUGCAAAUUAUGGACGUACAGCGCUUAAACACCGCUAGUGGCUUCGUUGUCAUGGAUGCACCGUCACCCACGCACACUCUCGCAUGGCAUUACACAGGAAAAUCUGGUGGACACGUUGGCACUUGGCUAUCCCACACAUCCUCCGUUUCCCGGAGUCGGGAUGGCACGCAUACAGACUGCAAGGAGAAGGACGCAUUCGCACCUGCCCAUCACUUAGGUUUUCAUGCCAUUCCUUCGCCUGCAAUGCUGAAUGUAACUUUGUUUAAGUUGACUGGUAUUGCUUUCCGUGUGCUCGAACAGAUGCAUAGGGAAGACCAGUUGAGAAUUGCAGCGGGAAGGCUACACCGCUUCGCCUAA